UUUUUUUUUUUUGCUUGCAAGUGUCAAGAAACGACGCCUCACUAUCUCUUGAACCAGUUAGUGAAUCGGAAAUAAUUUCUCUUAUCCUGCAUUCGCAAAAUAGCGGAAGCUGUUAUGCCGGUGCCAACCAGAUAAGACCGGUGAGGUAUGUUGUUGAUUUUAUAGCUCCAAUGCGAAGUCAUAUUUUUAACCUGGCUUUUUUUUUUAACUUCAGCAUUCCCAAAUCGCAAGCAAAUAGCUAAAGUUUCGGUUUUACAUAAAAAAGGAGACAGGAAUGAAAUGGGAAACUACAUACCAUAUCAAUACUAGCGAUCUUUUCAAAAGCGCUGGAAAAAGUGCUUUAUAUCCGCUUAAACUAAUUCAUAAAUAAAUACAAACUGAUUACAGAUUCGGAAUUUGGUUUUAGGAAACGUCGUUCAACGGGGGCCGCUUUACUUGCGCAGAAAGAGUUUAUCUUGCAAAGUUUCGGGGAAACAAAUAUGAUUUUGGGAGUUUUUUUUUGUUUUUUUUGUUUAAUUUACAAAAACGUUUGAUUGCCUUGAUCACGAAAUUUUACUAAAGAAACGUUAUAUUUAUGGCUUUCGGGGACACGCGUCACAGAUUUUGAAGUCUUACCAAGAGCAUCGAGUCCAGUAUGUUUGUCUAAAUGGGAAUCCUUCCUGAGUAAAACCAAUCCUUCGUGGUGUUCCUCAGGGCAGUAUAUCAGGUCCCCUCCUUUUUUACCUAUAUGUAAAUGACGUCAUAAACAUUAACCCAAACGUCAAAUUUGUAAACUAUGCCGACGAUACAACAAUACUUAUUUUGGGAGAGGACUACGAUGUGCUGGUGGACACGGUAAAUCUAAAGUUGUCCAAACUGUAAAUUUGGAGUCGGGAGAACUUAUUACAAAUAAACAUAAAACAAUAAAGAAAUAUAAACCAAUCAGUCUAACGCGAGAUAUCACUCUAAAUUCAACUCCAAUUGAGAUUCUGAGUCCUUUCAUGGCAUUGGGAGUAAUUGUUUCUGGAAAUAUGUCCUGGGAUGAUCACAUUAAUUUGAUAGUCCCUAAACUGUCACGAAUAGCUCGAUUGAUAUACCGUCAUCGAUAAAUAUCACCAAAGAAUAUAAAGUUACUAAUCUAUAAUUCACCGUUUCAUUCCCACUUAAUUAUAUUACUGCUAGCUCCGCCUAGAGCUCAGCUACAUUAUUCAAUCUUGAGAAAAUAUUUUUAUGACAAAAAAGGGUGCUGAGGUCUAUCGGUUGCGUUCCAUUUGACUCUCAUACAGCUGGUCUGUUUACGGCUCUCCGCGUUAUUAAUAUAUACAAUUUAUACAACUAUAGACUUAGGAAUACAUUCAAAUUGGAAAGCUACAGAAAUACGGGUUUUCUUACGAAUUUGCGCCAUCUAUCUGUAAGGGAACCGGUUUACCCCACUCGGCACGCAAAACAUUGCUAAAUGGUAGAGCGCAGAGGACAGAUUACGGCUCUCAGAUGUUCAGAUAUACGCUGCCUAAAUGGCUCAACUAAUUUGAUGCUAGUGAGUUGGAUCUGAUUAGGAUGUCAUUUAAGCAACUUAGAGAAUAUUUUAACCUAGAUAGGUAAAAUACCAGUGAUCUGGCGGUUUGUUCAAGAUUUCCAGGAUUAUUCAAUCUGCUUGGAUUUGUGUGUUGUGUGCGUAUAUUAUCCAACCGUUUUGUACUUUCGCAUAAAGUAGCAUUUUUUCCUGUACCUCCGCUGUAGUGCCAAUGUAGAGGGUCGAGGGCCUGGUCAAUCUGUAUUUCCAGCUUUUACCCCUCAACGUCCACCAUCAAGUCAGAUGGAAAUAAACGAAGUAUUAAAAUAUCCAGUUGUUGUAACAUGUUUAGUUCUCCAAGAAGGUCAAUCAUCAUUGAAUAAGUCUAUAUAUAAUUUUAAACUUGUAGGACAGGGUGUCUAAUGUCGCAACUCCUGCUGCAACCGUAUAUGUUAUAAAAAAAUCCAGUGCGCCUAGUUUUUUUGCAAAGCUCUUUAGAGAGCAAAGCGCUGACAUCUACGGGGGCAGCUCGGAGAAGGCGAGGCUGGAGGUUUGAUAAGACCCAGAAAAACAGUAUGCACUGUGACACUGAAGCAUGUAGCAAGCUGGUGAACCUCAACGUUGAGUUCCGAAGCGCGGACUGUUUUUCUGGGUCUAAACCUACACUUCAGCCUCUUCAUUGGGCGAGCGCCCCCGCAAGAUGCUGCGAUUGCCUCUCCCCGGUAUUUUGUGUUCGAAAAUAGACGCGGGACAUUACGUGGAGUGUAGGGAGCACAAAGCGCGCAGCAAUUAAAAUUAAAUACGGUAAAGGUAAAGCGGCAAAGAGGAAACAGAGAAAACACGAAAGAUACACGACGAAUCCCGGCGUCAUGUUCAGAGGCGGAGCGUCUGAACAUGACGCUCCGCAUCAAUUUAGGCUGCCUGGGCGGGUUUUAGAACUCACACCCAAACAAAAUUAGCAGGCGUCCCGCCAUCUGUCGGAGCCGGUACAAAGCGCUCGCGUCGGCGCGGUCCCGCGGUCGCACCCCCGAAAAAAAGAAACUGGGUCAAACUCCGCGCAGGACGAUCGGCGAAGUACGGGUGGUGGAAUGCGGGGAAGCGCCCUUGCCGACGCUCUGGGCUACUCUCCAGAAAAGACGGGAGCGGCGGCUGCAUUGUCGACACCAAGGUCACUCGUGCGAAUCCACGACGUCAACAACAAGGGUCGUUUAUCUGCGUAGUCGAAGCGACGGCAGCAGAGAUAGGGGAACCUUUCGCCACUUUCCUCGCUCGGAACUGCGCGAGGAGGCCGCAACGACGACUCCCCGGAGAAGUUAUCAAUCGCGGGUUACCGCUGCACUACGAUGGACACGACAUGGUGCGUAGGACAACUGGCGACGGCGGUAACGUUCGUCAGUUUCUUCAGCGGGCUGCCGUUGGUCUGGCGGAUGCACCGACAGCGAAGCUCCCGCGGCGUUGCUCUCCUGCCGCUGGUCUUCGGUUGCCUCUGCACCUUCGUCUGGCUCCUGUAUGGGUACGCGACGAACAACGGCACCGUCGUCUUCGUCAACAAGGUGGGCACGGCGCUGCAGCUCGUCAACGUCGCCGUGCACCGGGCCUACGGCGAGGUCGGGCAGGACUCGGUGGUGUUCUGGGGUGCGCUGGUGUUUGUGGUGGCUGCCGGCGCCGGCUGGAAGCACGUGAGCGCCUCCCACCUGGGGAUGCUGGGGUCGGCGGCCGUCGUGUGCUGCCAUCUGUCGCCGCUGCCGGGAAUUCCGAGGGUGUUGCGGGACAGGGACGCAUCUUCGCUGCCCUUCAGCAUCAUCGUGUUGUCGUUCGUGGUGUCGCUACUGUGGGCUGUCUUCGGGCUACUGCUGCGGGAUGUGAACCUCUACGCGGCAAACCUUUUUGGGGUUGUUGUCACGGCGUUUGAGUUGUUUCUCUGCGCACUGUUCCCCGGACACGCUAAGCGCACGUGAACACUAUAAAUGCUACGUCAGGCGCCUAGGAUGGAGUCUGGUGGUCAGCGUAGUCAACGGAUACUGAGCUCUGGCUAAACGAUACCCGAAGGGAUGGUGCCACCCAUCAAAUUAGAGGUCCAAGUGUAGCUGGCUGUCUUUCCCUCGUUGCGCUGCUGGACGGAAAGGGGCAGCACAUUCUGUGAUGAAAACAGUUUCUUGGCUCAACCUAUGGUCACUGCAGCUGAGUGUAUACUACAACACCUAGCUUCGUUGCUCGACGUCUGACAGCGCACGGGCUGAAGAAGAUUCUCCGAGGGUUCGGAGAAUUGUGGUUUACGCACCCUAAAAACAAAUAUGCACAAUAAUUGUCUUCCAAUCUUCAACGAGUUUAAAAUUGAUCUAGAAUAAACACUAGGCAUGUGUAAGUCA